GGAACUAUUAGCGUAUCUGGUCACACCUAAAAAAACAUCAAGUGGGCCGUUGGAGAGUUGCCAUAUCGCAGGACCUGUGUAUGUUUUGUUGACUGUUGACAAAAAGGAAACCCCGAAGGCUGUUUCGAGGAGCAGGCAUCAUGGCCAGCAGCAAGGAGUUGUGCUCCAUCCGGGAGUGGGCGCCGCUGACGGAGCUGAUCGAUCGCAUUCCAGCCAGACUGCAGCGGGGAUUCUUCCCGGCGAAUCUCAACCUGACCUGUGUGGACGCAUCCGAGGACUUCCUGGCCGUGGGCAGUGAUGCGGGCAUUGUUUUCUGGCACAAUCGUCGUACGGGCGAGAUGCAAAAACUGAAGGCUGAGGUUGCUACCCGCAUUACGUGCGUGCGGAUCGUGAACUCUGUGGAGUAUAUGGUAGCAGCUGGGUGCGCCAAUGGGCAGGUUAGCAUAUUCCAAAUACAGAAGGAGCUGCCGCGUGACCUCGACCUGGUGGCCCCUUGCACUCGGAAUCGUCCAAUCGAACGCUACACCAUCAGGGACCUGCACAAGUGCGUGGUUAGCUGCUGCGAAUGGUCCAAAAAUGGGAUGAAGCUCUAUUCCGGCGAUCGUCAAGGUGUAGUGGUGCUCACAGAAUUCGAUUACCAGGCGCAUCUAAGCAAAUCUGUGGAGAUUCUCAGUGAGGCGUACGAGAUCGUGCAACUCAGCAUUCAUCAAAGCCACCUGCUGGUGUGCACACUUUACCGUUGCAUCGUCUGCCAGCGAGACACGUCCACUUCGCAGUGGAGCAUAACUCAGGUGGGCAAGAAAGAUCGCAAGCAGCUUAUCGAUUGCGGCGGCAUAUUUCUCCCAAAACCGGGUAACAACGGACCCCAGCUUAUUUGUGGCCGUCCAGGGCUUCGUUUUUGGGUCGCAGAUACAAGUGGUAGCGUAUCCAAAACCAUACUGUUCCGGGACGCUGUGCUGCGCAGUCCCACCUGGGAGAUACCUAUCCUCAACCCGAAACACCGCAGUGAUUCGUCAAGCAACCACCAUCCGUCGUCAGCUGGGGCUUUUGCUCAAAUGGGACCAUCUGGCACCGGAGACACAGCCAUGGGCUAUGUGGCUAGCAGCAAUUUUCGGCAACUUUACUUGUACAACAGCAACGACUCUCUGCUAGUGACACACGACGAUUCCACCUUGUACUUACUGAACUUGGAUCGUCUGAAGGUGGAGGCCGUAGCACGUGGAUUUCGAAAGAUUCUGGACUUUUGCGUCUGUGGAAAGGAGAUUUUUGUACUGGAGGGCGAACGCUCUCUUCUACGCUUGGCUCCACUGCCCGAGCCGCCGUGCAAGACCACCAAGGUUAUUUUCAAUCCUCUAAUGCCGCCGCCCAUUCCUAUUCUGGGCGCAUCCCAUUUUUCGCGGCUGGAGUCACCGCCUGAGGUGGAAGCGGAUGUUGCUCAAAAAGCUGAGGAAUGCUUCGAGCUGCCAGGUGAAGAGCAUUUGGACCUCAAUGUUCCUAUUGAGCUGGCUGUGGAAUCGCCACUGGCCCAGCAGCAUCGUCGUAUGGAAAUAUUCCGUCGCAUUGGAGAAAUGGAAUUUGAUCCUUUAAUAGUCAACUCCAGCAGAAAAAAGUCCGUCUGUAAUCCGCCAGUAAAUACUAGCUUGGGUAUCGUAGAGAUCGGUCAGGAGACGAAAGAGCUACGAUUGCCUCUAACUAAUGCCGCCACAUUAAUGGAUGCUAGCUACUGUCAGAUGGAAAACGAUGGACUUGCCUCGCCGUUGGACAUGAAGGCUGCUCUUCUACAGCAUUUGCCAGAAGUCCUCAGCCCGACCUUAUUGGAGGAAUCCAUUGAACCCCAGCCUAAAACGCUGCCGGAAGAAUUGCAUCUGCCAGACGUGCAAUUGGUCGAACCUACCAAAGAUCAAAUGCGGUCUCCUGAAACUCCAAAGCUCAGUGAGUCCCUAAUUAAGUGUUAUCCCACGCAAUUGGACGAGGCUUGUGUACAGACCGUCCCAAAAGAUAGCAUCCCUGAUUGCGGUGAGGAUUUUUACGCUGGCCAGCCCGUUGAUGGUAUACAAGCCUUGGCGCCAUCAAAGCCUAAGGUGGCGCCUUUAAAAUUCGUGAAGAGUCAACCCAAACCAACGAUGACUGUGGAGGAAGGCGAGGACGGAGAGUACUCCAGUUUCCUUCCCGAUUUUCGGCGGGCCGGGGAUCCGCUGCGUAAAGAAGCACCAGCCACAAGCGACUCCAACACAUCCAGCGAGUGGGAGUUUCUGGACAACUAGUUCAGUAUUAUCCAUAAGUGCACACAAUUAGUUGCUUUCGUUUAUUAUUUUGUGCACUUGAUGUUUCCAUUAAUUUGCAUUAUUGAAAAAAAGUGUUGUGUUUAUCAAAUUGUGAUCACCAUUAUUUAUACAUUUUUCUAUACAAUUGUAAAUAAUUUAAGACAUAAGCUUAAAGGUUAUUGCCGACUUACUCAUCUCACCAGAUCCUGGAAACCCAAAUAGUUUAGCAUUGGAAAAGACACCUGUGAAAUUGAAUAAUUUGUAAUCUACCAGUAUACCCUUAGUUGCCUAAGAUAUUCAAACGCUUUAAGUAUUUGCCGCACAAGUUCAAGGUCGCUUUGCAUACACAAAAUAUAUUUAUUUUAUACAAAUGCAAAUGUCUUGGUUUAAGUUAAGGAGUCCCCUCCGCAGGAAGUGGGCUUCGACUGAUACCGAAUACUUGUUGGUUCUGUUUUUUUUUUCUGGAACUAUGUACUUGUCGGAAUUAAGCUGGAGAUAAGGUUGCAUGUGAGGGAAACGAGACGCCCACAGGCAGCAUGUGCCUGAUCUUGUGAUGUCGUGCAUCCAGAGUAACUAACUGAAGCCCUGAUCCAAUGGAAAUUUUCCGAUCUUCGUCUAUUAUGCAAGUCCGACUUUAAGUAUCAGGAAAGGAGAAGCCGCUGCUUUGAUUGAUCAACAAAUAGAAAUUCGAGCUGGCUUCUGAAUUAAUUGAAUGCAAUGGAAAGUUUUCUUUAUCAAGGUUCGAUUGAAGCUAAACUUCAGACAGGGUUUCCUUCGAAAAGUCUACCUAUAAUCCUCAUUAAUUAGAUUCCUCAAUAUAUAAGAUAAGUUAAGUUAAGUUAGCAUAUCUAUCUCUCUUAAAAAACUACCAAUAAUUACAUUAAAAGCCACCUGUAGGGAGAUCUCUGUGAAAAAAAUAAGAGAGCGAGCUGGACUCCGUGGUGCUGAUUGAAGAAUCCCACGCACGCCGGAAAAUUUCCGAUAUCGUUCGGUUCUCUCAAGUGCGCAGCAGAGAGCUCGGGACAGAGCUCCAACGGGAGCACCGGGGAAGUAUAUAAAAGCAGUCCGAUUCCCACUCGGGCAAGUCAUUCGCCGCGAAAAUUUGCUUCGACCACAACGUCGCGUUCUGUCCAGAAUUCGCAGUGAGGUAGAAAAAAAAAGGCAAAAAAAUAAAACAGCCCUAAAAACGCGCUAAUUGAUAAACAGAAAAGUGAGCUGCGAAAAACAAACGGAAAUCCUACACACCCUAGCCAGAAUGAAGCCCACCAAGAACUCAACUUUGGAAGUCGUUUCCCCGAAGGUGCAGGUCAAUGAUGACUUCAUUGAGACGGAC